CUUUAUUCUCAAACUGCGUUUUCGCGUGGGCGUGUUGCAAAGAUUUCUCGGCCUACAUAUAAGUCGACACUCGACCUUACAAGGCUCUGUCCCGAACGAUCGCUGCUCCAACAAAUUAAAUCGUUUGGAACAACAAAAAGCGCGGGAACAUAAUAAUGAGUCAUUGGUGAGCAAAUCAUAGAAGACUUCGAAAGGCUUUGAGAAUACCAACGGGCUGUCGAACGCAAUUAUUGGUGUUUGGACGAAAGGAAGGUGAUAUACACGAAGAUCACUUCCAAGCAAAAUGGCUAGCAGCCAAAGCUAUCUAGGUACCUGUGCAAAAUGCUUGGGUGUAAUUUCAGAGAAAGCCUGCACAGCAGAAAAAUUGAAUUAUCAUCAGCGAUGCUUCGUUUGUUCGCUUUGUUACAAAGAAUUGUAUGGAAAUCCGUAUUAUACCAUGAAUGGAAAGCCUUAUUGUGAAGAGGAUUAUUUGAGUAAGCUCGACAAAUGCGCCACUUGUAAUCGUCCGAUACUGGAAAAGGUUCUGAAAGCGGAAGGUCACAAGUUUCAUCCAGAAUGCUUCCGGUGUGCAGUUUGUAAAAAAUGCUUGGACGGCGUUCCCUUCAGCGUCGAUGAUCAGAAAAAUGUCCUGUGCAUGGACGAUUACAAAAAGAAAGUGGCACCUCAAUGCGCACGAUGUAAGAAGCCCAUCGCUCCUCCUUCUUACACAAAUGAAGUAACUCGUGUGUUAGCAAUGGGAAAUAGCUACCAUACCACUUGCUAUCGCUGUGAGGACUGUGGACUUCCCUUAUCUUCUAACAGUGACGGCAGAGGUUGUUAUCCCCUGAAUGACCGCCUUUACUGUUUUGACUGUCACAAACGAAGAGCUCCCAAUGUGGCAAAGAUGCAAAGUGGAAAGAAGAAAUAAAGAUUAUUCCCUGCUGAUGAUAUUUAGAUGAGCGCAGCUUCAAUUUUAAAGAAUUUCAUACCAUUGAUAUCUGCAUAUAUGCUAUGAAUAAUGUAAUGCAGCUAAUAAUCGAUAUAUUGUUUUUAUAUCAACUUAAUGAUGAUUUAGUACCUCAGAUCCAGAAAAAAGGCACUAGAGUAAAGCUGAAACGACAUAUUUUUAGUAUAUUACCAGAGCAGUUGUUUUUGCUGGAUCUCAAAAAGCUUCAACUGAAUUAAUGAGAAAAUAUCAUAUGUUUUACAAAUUUUUUUUCAUGCAAUUAACAAACAAUACAAAGUUGAUAAAUAUUUAAUACUACAUUGCAUAACAAAAUGCAUUUAGAAACUUCUAAUUUAUCAAAAAUGAUGUGAUAUUUCUAUCUGAUGACUACUUGCCUUUUAGUUUAUCAACAAAAAACAAUUUUGUAAAAAAAAUAUGUAUAUAUUGUAAUGAUAUGUGUGAUUAAAUUUGUUACUGUAUCAAAAUAUAUCAAGAUUUUAAAAUUUUAUUAAAAUGCAUUGUUUUAUUCCAACUAUAAUAACAAUUAAUAUAUGGUAAAAUGCUCAAAAUAAAAACAGUUUCCUCUUAA